AUGGGUGAUAUCUUAGAUUAUAAUACAACAGCCUUAUUUAUUUGUGAUCCACAAAAAUAUUAUUUAGAUAGAGUUGGAGGAAUUGAUGUCAUUGUAAGAAAUAUUAAAUGUUUGAUAGAUUCAUGUAAAGAAUUAGAAAUUAAAACAUUUAUGACUAAACAUAACCCAAGUAUAUAUGAUGAGAUAAUUGAAGAGUUGGAACCAUCAAAUCAUCCAGUUUUUGAAAAAACACUUUACUCAAUGUAUACAAAAGAUUUAAAAAAAAAUAUCGAUGAAUUAUAUAAUUCAAAUGUAAGAGAUCCAACAAAUUAUUUAAGAACUGUAAUAUUGGCUGGUUUCGAGACACAUGUUUGUAUUAUACAAACUGCAUUAGAUUUAAUAAGAGAAGGAUAUACUGUACAUGUUAUUACUGAUGCAACAGCAUCAAUCGAUUCAUUAGAAUAUACAGCCUCUUUAAAGAGAUUAAAACAAUCAGGUGUAUAUUUAACAACAACUGAAGCAGUUUUAUUCCAAUUAUUAAGAGAUGAUGCUAAUCCAAAGAGUUCCAAAAUAAUCGAUUUAAUUACAAAUAGAAGUAUAUCAUUACCAUCCUAUUAUAAAGAGGAUGAGUAUGGGGUACAGAUAACUCACUCAAAAUCAAAUUAA